GCGGAAGAGCGGAGACCUUGAGUUCCAGCAAUUUUGACCGACUUUCCUGCAAAUCCAGCAUCGCAUGAUAUACAUGUAUAACAGAAACGCGCCUUGGAUUUACGUCUUCUACGCUUUGUAACCAUUUCCACAGCUCAGUGCGUUAGAUAUUUAAUUUAGAUUUUUGUCGAAAAUUAUUCACUUAGAUUAAAUAGGAGAAUCGAAAGUGAAAGUAAGGAUGGCCUUCAAUGUUUGCCAGUUGACAAACAGAUGAAGUGACAGAUAAAGGGACAUAUGGCUUUCUACCUGUCUCAGACUAAUGCUCCAACGUCUGAAACUGGUCCCCACUCAAGAGAUCAGAGCAGCCCGUUAUCACAGAAGAAACUGAAACUGUCAACUGACAAUAGGGACUCGCCUAGGCGCAAGGAUGCGUGUGUCCAUCACCGGCAACUGGGCAUUGGUAUAAAUGUGCUGACAAAUACUACUAUUUGGGCGUAAAGCGGUCCAGCUGGUAUGAUUCAUUACAAUUUUGUGGCCAUUUGUUCAAUGAUACACGCGUGGCAAACUUCGGAACUGCGCCAGUGGAUUUUACUAAACGCUGUAAAUUUCAUCUACUGGACAAAAGGCAAUAUUGGAUAGAAUGCUGGUAUGGACAGCCACAAAGCCAGUGCACAAUACUAACGAAGAAAGGACGAAGUAUUAAAACUCAUCUUUCAUCAUGCAGCAGUCUUGCCUAUCCGAUAUGCGAGACCUCAAAAGUACCGAUAAAAACAGUUCCUGCAACUAGUAAAACAUCAUCAGCUCCUAUAACGAGAAAACCGACACCCGUUCAUGUAUCGAGAAAACCGACAUCUGUUCCUGUAUCGAGAAAACCGACACCCGUUCCUGUAUCGAGAAAACCGACACCCGUUCCUGUAUCGAGAAAACAAACACUCGUUCCUAUAACGAGAAAACCAUCACCAGCUUCUAUAACGAGAAAACCAUCACCAACUCCUACAACGAGAAAAGCAUCACCAGUAUUGAGAAAAACAACAACGGUUCAUAAAACGAACAAAACAACAUCGGUCUCAACAACGCCAGGUUGGCUAACUAUUGCGAAACACAGUUACUUUGUGACACAGACAACAUAUAAUUACUCCGAUGCGAUGAAGGCUUGUUUGAGAGUCAACAGCACUUUAGCUGACAUGCAUUCAAUAAGGAAUAUCAGUCGUAUUGUAGUUGAACUUGGUCUUAGGAGGAGAGCUAACCUGAAAAAUUGGAUAAAAGGAACCCGACAAAGGAAGGAGCGACUACUACAAUUAAAUGGACAGUCACAGUUUGCAUUCGUAUCAGGCGCCUUAUCUUUAAAACAUCUUGCAAUUUGCGAACGAAAUAUAAAUACGAAGAAGCUAUCGACCAUACUUCAAUCUCUGUCACCAACUACAGGCACAUCAGCAAAAAGGCCAACACCAUCUGCGAUGCCCAUACUGUCAGUAACACCUGCAAAGUCAAUGUCAUCUUCUUACGUUUCUUCAAAAACUUCAAAAAACGGGACAUUAUCCACAAUGACAAUAUCUUCUGAAAACACUUCAUUAUCAACAUCACAAAGAGGGGCACUGCCAAUACCAUCUAUUAUGUCAAUGACAUCAACAACAUCUGCAAAGUCAGUUUUGUCUGCAAAUGCUUCAUUAUCAAAACCACAGAGGGAGUCCACAAGUGCGAGAUCGACAAUUAAUUCACUGGUGUCAAACGCGUUAGCAUUAAUUUCCAACCCUCCAGGAAAUACUGUCCCAGGGGCAACUGGAUCAAAGAGAAGCGAUUCCUGGAUUAAAAUAGACGCACACGAGUGUUACGUCAACCAUGACGUAAAUAACUACACUUCCGCUGAGAAAUAUUGCAAGAGAACAUUAAAUGCAUCACUGAUGACAUUUGUCAGCUCGAUCCAAUACUUUCAAGUUCUGUCUCAGCUCAAUUUAAGCGAUGGCUCAUACUGGAUAGGAGCAAACAACAACAAUAAUAUCUACAAGCCCAUCGAAUGCCUUUCAUAUCAUAGAUAUUCAAACACAAUGUCUAUAUCAAAUUGUACCAGAGGAAUGUUUAGUGUCUGCAGCAGGUAUAUAAACAAUGUAACAGAAAUACUGGAAAGCGCCGCAUUCAGGCUACUACUAAAAGACAUGACAGUGAACAAAACUGACACAUCGGUUAAUAAAAGGAAACGAAUCAGCAUGAAUACUGACCACCGUUGGUCAGUGCAAGCUGCCGGUGGUAUCAGCUUGUUUGUGAUAUGUCUUACGGUUACGCUUCCGCUAAUGAUAGAUUUCACUAGGUUAGCUAGAUACCGCAAGAAAAGACUUUAAAAGUAUAGGACAAACAAGCAAACCUUUCGUAGAGACAAUUACCUGGACAAUUGUGAUAAGCUAUAGAAAAGAAAAACGAGAUUGUUUUGGUGUGGUAUAAGCUGUUCGUCUUUAUAGGGACCAACAUUUGGCUUCUGCUCUGACUUUUGGCUUCAGAUAUUAAUCAAAAAAGCUUUUGUCAUCUUUUAAUACAUAUUUAUCAUUUACAUCUGUGA